AGUAUUUUUCUCUACAAAGGUUUGCUAUUGGUUGACAUACUGUGGAGGUAAUCCAUUGCGUAUUUUGUGAUCAAUUUUAUAGUAUUUGUGGAGUGAUAUUCCUGAUAUUAUGUGUGUUUUGAUGGACUGACUUGUGUGCUUUACGUUUUCAUGAUGUUUGAACAAUUUUCUUUAACAUGAUUAUUAUUUCUAAUAAACAGUUGUAUUGACAUGGCGACAUUGAUUUCAACCAAUGAGAAGCCUUGUUCCAAGCCUGUUAGACCUGGCAGUUUCACCCCGUAAUUCGCGUCAGUGAGUUUAAUUUGUGCAUACUUUCUAUAGUUAUUAGUGUUAAACAUUGGAUUGUUGUUGUGAAUUUAACUUCGCCAUAUUUAUUAAUGUGAGUAGUUGUGUGUAAUAUCAUAAUGGGACUAAUAUAGAGACAAUAUCUAGAGAAAGGUCACGUGACCUGCCUGGUAAAAAUGGCGCAAAGAAGAGGUAGCAAACAUGGACUCCGUCUUGAUAAAGUUAUGUCAUUUCGAUUUGUUUACAAAUAUGUGUUCUCAUUACCCACGUGUAAAAUAACCUUCAGUGAUUGACAGAACUAAUAGAAAUAUGUCAGCAAGAGGUGUUAAGAGACGGGGCAGGCCCCCUAAAUCGGCUGUAAUGGAAAGGCCCAGAAAAUUUCAAUAUCAAUUAUUGAAAAAGCCUAAAUAUUUGUUAAAUAACGAUUUGAAAGGUUCUGACACACCGAAUUCACAGGCUAGUACUCCUACAGCUUCAAGAGCAUCAUCACCGAUAGGAAGUGAGAGUAGUAGAAGAAGUACAAGGCCAAGAGGUAGAUCUAAAUCUUUAAGAGGUAGAGGAGCUUCUUAUCAUAGAAGGGGUUAUAAUCCAGAUGCAAUUGAUGAAAAAGACAGUGAAUAUCAUUAUGGUUCUGAUUUUGGUGAUGAAUCAAGUGGAAAAAGUGAUCAUGAAGAUGAUAUGUUAAUGAGGAGUGAAAGUGAGUGUGAUGAAAGUGCUGGAGGUAAAGACUAUUUAAGUGACAGUGAUUUUUCACUAUCUAGCUUUAGUACAGUUAGUGGUACUACUAGGAAAUCUAUUUUAAAUAGAAGACCUAGUCCAGAACCCUUCUGGCUCCAAAACAGGGAUAUUCCUGUUUUAGAACUACCAAAGUCGUCUGAUGACUUGCUUAUUCCGAAAGAGUUAGUUAUGCAGUCUUUGUCCAUUUAUGAGGUCCUGAGACAUUUUCGAACAUUGGUAAGAUUGUCUCCGUUUCGAUUUGAAGAUUUUUGUGCAGUUUUGAUGUUUGAAGACCAAAGUUAUCUGUUGGCAGAAAUUCACAUCAUGCUUCUGAAAUCUAUUUUGAGAGAGGAAGAUGCUCAGCAAACCCAUUUUGGACCUCUUGAUCAGAAGGAUAGUGUAAAUGUAGUAUUAUUUUUUAUAGAUGCCAUGACUUGGCCUGACGUGUUAAGAGCAUAUGUAGAGAGUGACCGUAACUUUGAUCCUGAAGUUUUGAGAAUUUUGAAUGUACAUGAAUAUCCUUUUACUGAAGUUGAAAAUAGAUUGAAAGUACUACAGUUUCUUACUGAUCAAUUCCUAAUUACAAAUCCAGUGAGAGAAGAUUUAAUUCAUGAAGGUAAGUACACCUGUUGUUCAAAACUUUUAGGUUACCAUUUUAGACUAGCCUAUAAGAGUUAUGUUUCAUAUUUUGCAUUAGGUUUUUAUUGAAAACCAAAAAAAGAC